AUGGGUGCUCUGGAGGAAUUUGCAAUUUUAAAUCAAAGUUUAAGAAAUACACAAAAAAUGUCCGAAUCCAAAAAACCUCGAUUGGAAAGUAGUACAGAUCCAAAGAUGUGGAUGAAAUGGUACGAGGAGCUUCCAAGUGAAGAGGAAUGUGAUUUAGAUGAAGAAGAUGAAGACGAGAUAGAAGAAGAUUUUGUAGAGAACAGCGAUCAUCAAUCAGAAUCCGAGCAAGACAUUUCUUCAGAUGAAGAUCAGGGCAUACCAGACCAAGACACAGCAGCUGUGGAAGAAAAUAAGUGUGGAGGUUAUUAUCUUGGCAAAGAUAAAAUAACCAAGUGGAAAAAAAGUAGGUCAAAUUUACAAGUACGUGUUCGAUCUCAUAACAAUAUAAAGUUACUUCCUGGGCCAAAAGGCAGUGCUCGUGAUGCAGUAUCAGAAAUUGACUGUAUAAAACUUUUUAUAACUGAUAGUGUUAUUCGAAUGAUAACCAGCUCGACAAAUAGGUAUAUUGAAAAAAUCAAAAACAAAUUUCAAGGGGAUCGAGAUGUCAGAUUAACAGACGAAAGAGAAAUUAGUGCAUUUAUUCGCAUUUUGUUUCUUAUUGGGACGUUAAGAAGUUCCAGAAAAAAUGCUCACAAGAUAUGA